CAGUCAUUCAAUUUGCAUCACUAUUUAUCGAGCACACAAAGGCGUUCAUCUGCGGCAAGCCGUGUAACUUGCUCGACCACGACACGAACCUCGUGUCGACGGUGACGUGCCCUGCCCACUGCGAAUUCAGCGACUGGAUCGCAUUCUUUUGCGACAAGGUGUCUAGUGUCGCCACGUCGACACGAACGAUCGCCCGUGAGCCUCUCAACGGCGGAAACUCGCGUCCGGAACUUCAGCGCAUCCAACACUAUGGCCCACCCGCGUGCGAAACUGGCGACUGGACAACGCAAGAGUGCUCGGCAGAGACGUGCACGGCUGUCCGCACCCGCGAGCAGCUGUACCCGAUCCGUGGCCCAGGCAAUCCGUGCAGCCCGUACAAGAAGACACCGUGCAAGUUGGACGCGGUUCUGUCCCCUGGUCCGAGUGGAGCACGUGCGGCGCCACAAGACCCACACGCGCGAGAUCAUUUCCAGCGCGUGUAACUGUGACAUCUUGGCUGCCCCCAACGUCGACAAGACCACGGACGGGUGCGGCAGCAUCAUUUGAGUCAGAACACCCGGUUCUGUCGA